AUCAAACUCUCAUUAGUAACACACAGACACAUAUAUAAGAAACACCAUUUUUAUCUUUCUCUGUGGAAUUUCAUCAAGAACACAACAUAUCAAUUGAACACGAAGUUGACUCUCUGGAUCAAAAAUUUAUUACUAGUUCAAAGAGAUCAUCAUCAAGAAGAAGAAAUGGAGAAUAUCGUGGAGUCGAGCGUGCCACCUGGCUUUCGAUUUCACCCUACCGAUGAAGAACUCGUCGGCUAUUAUCUCACGAGAAAGGUCAACUCUCUCAAGAUUCAUCUUGAUGUCAUUAUUGACAUUGAUCUCUACAGAAUUGAGCCAUGGGAUAUUGAAGAUAGGUGCAAAUUGGGAUACGAAGAACAAAAGGAGUGGUACUUUUUCAGCCACAAGGACAGGAAGUACCCAACGGGCUCGCGGACUAAUCGGGCCACGGCCGCGGGCUUUUGGAAGGCAACGGGCCGGGAUAAGGCCGUGCUCUCAAAGGACAAACUCAUAGGGAUGAGAAAAACGUUGGUUUUCUACAGAGGUCGGGCGCCUAACGGGAGAAAAACCGACUGGAUAAUGCACGAAUAUCGGAUUCAAACAUCCGAACACGAACCUCCUCAGGAAGAAGGAUGGGUCGUCUGUCGGGCGUUCAAGAAGCCGACCCCAAACCACAAACAAGGCUUGGAUGCUAAUAAUUGGAACAAUAACAUGAGUUCUUACGCCCGAUUGGAUUUCAGACAACCUUCGACGACAUUACCGGGCCCCACCACCACUUCUCUAACACACAAUAAUUACCUCAACCUCCUCAAUCAAGGCACGACCAGCUUAUUCAAUCCGCUUCGAAAUCCCUUAGUGGAGCUCCCGAACCUCGACAGCCCCUCCAUCAGCUCCAAGGGUUUUGCCGCGAAUGAGAACAACAUUUUCGAGGAUAGCGACAAGGGAGAUUUUAGUAAUAAUAUUGGUGCUAAUAAUAAUAAUCAUCAGUAUGUAGGGGAGUAUUGGAAGAGCUUUGACUGCAGGUUGCUUGAGUCUCAAGUAAUCGGGCCGUCGUCGUUUGUCGUGCAGCCAAACACGCCCUUGCUGAUCUCAUCAUCCCACAAUGAUGGGCUUGUUGAUCAUGGUGCUGAUGAUCAAACUCAUAUGAGCCAUGUACUUGAAUGUUUUCCAGACUUAUAG